AGAUUCUGGGUCGGUCUCAAGCUAUUAUUCCCCAGAUCCAGUCUGAGGUGAGACUUUGUCUAGAUCACAAAUCAACCCGGCAAUCUAAAGCUAUUGCUCUCUUCAUAGCCCCACACUCAGCCCAGCAUGGAUGGACCUGAUCAAAUCGGUCCCGACAUGCGACCCAAGCGGUCCUGGCGGGAGAAGACCCGGCGGAUUGUCAAAACCUUCACUACCAGGGAGGGACUGGUCGGUGACUACGAUUAUGCAUACCUGUUUACACCUAACAUCCCUUUCCUAAGCCGAACUCGCAGAUCGGCUCCCUUUUUCGGACUGGAGGACAAAGUCCCAGUGCUAUUGGCACUUCUCUUAGGACUACAACAUGCGCUGGCUAUGUUGGGAGGAGUUAUCUCGCCCCCCAUCUUGAUCGGUGGCACGAGUGGUGCCAACUUCGGAACGAAAGACUACGAAUACCUCGUUUCAACCUCGCUUAUCGUUUCCGGGUUGUUGUCUGCCGUACAGAUGGCCCGGUUUCACAUUUACAAAACUCGCUUCUAUGUUGGAACUGGUCUCAUCUCUGUUGUUGGGACCUCGUUCGCUACCAUCACAGUAUCAUCGGGAACGUUCAAUCAGAUGUAUACUUCAGGAUACUGUCCGGUCGAUAGCGAUGGCAACCGCCUACCUUGUCCGAAAGGUUAUGGUGCUCUCCUGGGCACCUCGUGUUUGUGUUCCUUGCUUGAAAUCGGCUUGUCCUUCAUGAGCCCUCGAAUCCUCAAGCGCGUCUUUCCACCAUUGGUGACUGGUCCGACGAUUUUGUUGAUUGGAGCAAGCUUGAUCCAGUCGAGUAUGGAGGACUGGGCAGGUGGCUCGGGAACCUGCUUUACAGACGCGGCCAGCCGUGCACUGUGUCCCAGUGCAGACUCGCCACAUGCGCUUCCAUGGGGAAGCCCGGAGUUUAUUGGACUAGGCUUUUCAGUCUUCGUGACGAUCAUCUUGUGCGAACGAUUCGGCGCUCCGAUGAUGAAGUCCUGUGCCGUCAUUAUUGGCCUGCUGGUUGGAUGCAUCAUCGCCGCCGCUUGCGGGUACUUUGAUCGGUCGAGCAUUGACGCUGCCCCCGUGGCCUCAUUCGUUUGGGUCCGCACCUUCCCUUUGACGAUCUACGCACCUCUGAUCCUUCCCUUGCUAGCCGUGUACAUUGUGGUAAUGAUGGAGUCGAUUGGCGACAUCACAGCCACUUGCGAUGUGUCUCAGGUAGAGGUGGCGGGGCCUGUCUUUGAUUCCAGAGUCCAGGGUGGUGUGUUGGGCAACGGAUUCACCUGUCUGCUGGCCGGACUGUGCACGAUUACCCCUAUGUCUGUCUUUGCCCAGAACAAUGGUGUCAUCGCUCUGACCAAGUGUGCAAACCGCAAGGCGGGUUACUGCUGCUGUUUCUUCCUGGUUAUCAUGGGCAUCUUUGCGAAGUUUGCCGCUGCCCUUACGUCUAUCCCCAGUGCUGUGCUGGGUGGAAUGACGACUUUCCUUUUCUCCUCUGUGGCCAUCUCUGGAGUCCGCAUCAUUGCAACUGUACCGUUCACGCGGCGCAACCGCUUUGUGCUGACUGCUUCAUUCUCCAUUGGCAUGGGGGUCACGUUAGUGCCUACCUGGUUCUCAUACUUCUUCACCUACAGUGGCAACAACCGCGGUCUGACCGGUUUGCUUGAUGCGAUCGACCUGGUUAUGGACAAUGGUUUCGCUAUUACCGCCAUCCUCGGCGUGAUCUUGAACCUCAUCAUCCCUGAAGACGAGAAUGAGGAGGCAGCUGUUGUUGAGGCGAGUACUCAGCCUCAGACUGUGCAGCAGCCGGAAGAACCGGAAAAUGCCCAAUACAUGAAGGGAGAGCAUUCUUCUGGGGCUUCUGCCAUUUAAGGAAAAUUGCUCAUGUUUGUGUUUAUGUUCUGAAUUGGUUCUAGCCCUUGGGCGGCAGAUUGACGGAUUAGGAUACCCUUGAUAAGCGAUGGUCGAGUCUUUUUUGAUUUACGGAAUUAGAUUAAUGCAAUGAUGUUAUAAAUAUAUACUGUGUAUACCACUGCAUGAUAGGACUCUGAAGGGUCGACGUGUACGGAGGGUUGUCACUCAGACUCCCUCAACCACUUCACCGGGUGCCAGCAUUUUUAUAUAGCAAUGCUCGCCGGUCUCGAGGACAGUGAUAGGGUCAUUGACGCGAAGUGUAAAAU